GCAGAAUGUCAUCGUCUGUCUACCAGUUCGUCUGUGGGGAGUCACGAUCCACGGUCCGCAGACUGCUGCUCGCUGUCCAGCACUGAGCCUUCAGAGGACGGCUUGUCGGUCAACGCCGUGUCCACCGUCUCGUCCGAGUCAUCCAUCGAGGGCAACAGCGGCUCGCCGACAGCACGGUCCGUGGGAGCUGAUAUUGACCUGGAGCUCAGUCCUCCGGAGCUGCUCGGCUUGGACUGGCCGGUUGGGGAACCAUCGGUCACGACCCCAGACCCUCCAUCGCCGUUCGCCACCGUCACCAUGGCGCCCAACCCUCAGCUCACAUACGUGGAUCGUGUCGUCAUGGAGAUUAUCGAGACGGAGCGAAUGUACGUCAGGGAUCUGCGCAGCAUCGUAGAG